AUGGAGGAGGCUCUGCUGUCCACCCCCAUCAACCCCAACAACUUCCCCGCCAAGCUGUGGCGGCUGGUGAACAGCCCUCGGUACCGCUCCAUCCGCUGGGACGGCCGUGGCGAGGGGCUGCUGAUCGACCAGCCGCUCUUCGAGGCCGAGCUGCUCAGCCCGCCAGGCCCGAGUGCCGGGGGCGCGGGGGGAGCAGGGAGCAGCGGCGGCAGCGGCGUCGGGGCGGCCGGGGCCGAGCCCGAGCUCUUCAAAACCACCAACUUCACCAGCUUCAUCCGCCAACUCAACCUUUACGGCUUCCGCAAGGUGGUGCUGGGUGGGCCGGGGGCGGCGGGGCCCGGACCCGGGCCUGGCGCUGGCGGGCCGGCGGGCGACGGGCCACUCCACCACUUCCACAGCCCGCACUUCCGUCGCGACCAGCCUCAGCUACUCGUUCACCUCAAGAGGCUCACCAGCGCCAACAAGGCCAAGCUGGCGGCCGGACUGGAGGUGCCCUGUCGCCCGCCCAACCGCUUCCAGAGGCUCCUCAUCACAUCAGCCUCUGCCUCGGCCUCAGCUUCCACCUCCCCACUGCAACAUCAGGACCCGCCCCCCCAGCCCGCAGGGCCCCGGCCAGAGCAGCAUGGGCCAGUGGCUGUAGGACAGUUUCACCGGUCAUUCCGGCGAGAUAACCUGUCUCCUUACUCCUACGUAUCAACUUCAUCCCACAACCACAGCACUUUCCCUCUGAAAGGGUUAGAUCGCACCCCAGUUCCUCCUAGAACGUGGCAGAACUCCCUUGGAAUGCACCCUGGACAAGUGGAGACGUCUCCCACUUUUUCAGAUAAAGGGGUUCCAUUUCCUGUACUGCAGAGAUUUCCAACUGAGGUUACUUACACGCUGCAGCCCAGCGCCACAUCUGUACACGUUCAACAAGGUCCUCAAACAAUGGUCAGCUCCUCCCAAAAGUAUAGUAACUACACACCCUCAGCGCAGUACUCCCAAGCCUACUAUCCAACAGCUGUGCUACAGUGCUGUUCUCCUUCCACCCACAUGGAUGCCCUAAGUAGCUGUGUCACUCCUACUGCCUCUUCCUAUGCACACUGUAACUACUUCCAGAAUCCUCCAAUGCAAUCCUCCUAUCCAGUUGAAUUUCUGCCUUCUAAUUGGCCUUGCAGUGCUACUGAUGAAAAUAAAAAGACAGAAGUCAAUCUAGAGGCUGUCUUUCAAAUAGUGGAUGAGCUGCAUUCCUCCCCUAAACUGGAGAUGGUCAAGGUGGAGCCUGUUGAGAGUCAGUGUCCAUCAUCUCAGUCUAACAGAGGACAGCAUAUCCUCCCUAACUCAAACAACAGCAACCCAUCUUCCACAAGUCAGGCUAGCCAGCUGGAGCCACUUACUCCUGUAGGCUCAGAUAUUACGUCUUUUGUGGUUGGAACAGAACAAGCAAUUACUUGCUCUCUCCCACAGUCACCUGAGUACAUCUAUACCAUCCACACAGCUCAACCUUUGGAAAAUAGCACAAUGCAGGAAUCUGCAACCAUCCAACAAACUCAUGUCAAACUGAAGGAGCAGCUAAAUCAUAAUCCGUCUCCAUCUUCAGUAGUGUUUGUACAGGAAGGGCUACCGUUGAGCACACAGCAGGUGGAUAGCAGUAUAAAAUGCCAGGCCAAUCCCCCGGAGAAUAUCUUGCCUUCAGAACAAAUGGGAUUCCUUAUUUCAGAAAUGGGGUCUGCUAGCAAGCCCAGUAAAGACACAGGCGUAUCCACUCCAGCCAGAUACAGAGAGCGAAGAAGCAACUCACAAGGAAAGUCCCCUGAUCUUCAUCUGCUGGUGGACGUGGCCUGCAAGCAGGAGCACUUUCCAAAGGAGGAAGAGUUAAAAGAGUGA